UCUCCACCCUGAUUGACAUAUCAGGUUGCAUAGCCAUCACCAUGGACUUUGGGGUGAUUGCUUCCAAAACAGUGUUGCUACUGAUCAGCCUCAUCUUUUGGACUGCAGCAGUUGGACUCACCUAUGUUGGAGGAUAUGUCCUCAAUACCUACAAGGAGUAUGACCCGUUCCUUCAUGACAAAUACGCCCUCCUGCCAGCAGUCAUCAUCAUUUGUGUGGCAGUGGUGAUGUUCAUCAUUGGGCUGGUGGGCUGCUGUGCUACCAUCCGAGAAUCCAAAGUUGGCCUGGGAGUGUUCCUGGUCAUUAUCCUGGUGAUCUUCAUUGCAGAAGUGUCCGCCUUUGUCCUUGGAUUUAUUUACAGAGGAAAGAUAAAAACAGAUAUGCACGAACCGAUGCAGCAAGCCUUCAGUGCCUAUGAUGGGAAAACAGAAGAGUCCCAUGUUAUAGAUUACCUACAACAGGAGCUGCAGUGCUGUGGCAUCCACAAUUACACAGACUGGAUUGGCAGCAAGUGGUACAAUUCCACUGGCAGCAACAAAACUGUGCCCUUGAGUUGCUGCAAGCAAGACGUUGGCAAGAACUGCACUGGACGGCUGAGUGAGCCACAAUUUCUCAAUGCGCAGGGUUGUGAAGACAAACUGGAAUCAGUCUUAAAGAGCGUUCUUAGCUACGCUAUGGUCGUCAUCCUUGGUUUCGCCAUUGUGAAGUUCUUCGGGAUGCUGAGCGUCUGCAUGCUGGCCUGCAAGAGAGAAAAUAAUGGAUACCAGUCUUUGAAUUCAGGAGUAUUUGCGUGACACCGAGACUGACUUUCCUUUUGCGCUUAACAUGAAUAAAAAUGGACAAGGAAAAGAUGCCCAGAAAAGAAAAUUUUGGCUUGCUUUUCUAAAAACGCCAAAGGAGACUGUAAUAAUGUAUUGUCGAAGG